CUCAUGGAAUGUUUCUAGUAUAGCUGGACAGUGCGGAGACAUCCCACUGAGACUCUAAGGGACAGUAAUCAUCUUGGCGGCGUCACAGCAAGGCCUAACUCCAACCAUCCCGAAUUAGGGAAUUAUAGUUGUUGAUUAUGGUGGGGUAGCGGAAGUAAUCUCUCUACCAACUCCGACAUUAAGCUUCAUUAGGAGUAAAAUAUACAGAAUAGGAAGUAAAGAUGAAGAUGCGUGGAGAUGUGGAGAUGACGGCCGACCGAGGCCAAGCAUGUGAGCUCCCCACGACGAUCGACAUAUAAAAGACAAAAAGGCAGGAUUAGCAAAAUGCGAAGCUAUUCCGGCUUCUACGGCUUCUCCAAUAAGCUACAGCAACUGAAGUCAUGAAGCUCUGCCGUAUUACGUGCUUAAUAGCCUCGACAGUGGUCGCAGUGCGCGCGGCGACCUAUGAGUACAUCGUCGUCGGCAGCGGCGCUGGUGGUGGCGUUUUGGCUGCUCGUCUUGCGCUCGCUGGGCGCAGUGUUCUUCUGAUUGAGGCUGGCGAUGACCAAGGUACCAACGACAAUUACACCAUCCCCGCCUACAAUGCCAAGUCUACUGAAGACCCCUCCAUGGCCUGGGAUUUCUUCGUUAGACAUUACGAAGACGAUACUCGCCAAGCAAAAGACUUCAAGCUCACUUACACGACGCCUGAUGGCAAGGAGUACACUGGCUUGGAACCCCCCGCCGGCGCCGCGAUCAAGGGCGUCCUCUACCCUCGCUCUGCAACACUCGGCGGAUGCACCGCCCACAAUGCCAUGGUGGCCAUCUAUCCCCAUCAGGACGACUUCCAGUACCUUGCUAGCCUCACUGGCGACGGUUCGUGGACUCCCAGCAACAUGCGGAAGUAUUUUGCCAAACUGGAAAAUGCCGCAUACCUACAAGGCCUUCUCAGCCCAGGCCACGGGCACAGUGGCUGGUUGGGCGUCGACCUAGCUCCAGUAACUCUCGCGCUUCAAGACCUCAAGCUUCUAAGCAUGAUUCAAGGUGCCAUUACAGCCCUCGGAGGCCUGACUGAGAGCAUCCUCAACCUCGCGACCUUUCUGGCUGGCGAUGCAAAUGCUGACUCCCGACUCCGCGACAGCACUCAAGCCCUCUACCAGGUCCCUACCGCCUCGAAAGAUGGCGCACGAAGCGGUGUUCGUGACUUCAUCCUCUCGGUGAACAACGCGGUCAACAAGGAUGGCUUGAAGAAGUACAAGCUUGAAAUCCGCACCCACUGCCUCGCGACUAAAGUCAACUUCGACACCUCUAACCCCCCCAAAGCUACCGGUGUCUCCUUCCUCGACGGUCAGAGCCUCUAUCGUGCUGAUCCUAGGUCUGGCAAGGCAUCUGCUGGAACACCGGGCUCUGCAACCGCGUCUCGCGAGGUCAUCAUUUCGGGCGGGACCUACAAUUCGCCGCAACUGCUCAAACUCAGUGGCAUUGGACCUGCAGCUGAGCUCAAAAAAAUUGGCAUCCCUGUGGUGAAGGAUCUCCCGGGCGUUGGAGCCAAUCUUCAAGACCACUACGAAGUGGCAGUCCAAGGAACGACGCCUACAGACUUUGACGUCCUUAAAGGCUGUACCUUUGGCACCACCGAUGAAAACGAUCCAUGCCUCAAGAAAUGGCACAAUGGGAAGAUUGCGCUCACCAGGGGGACAUAUGUCUCCAACGGCUUCAUCGCCGCCAUGUUCAUCAAGAGCAGCCAGUCUCCCGACGGUAAUUAUGAUGAGUUGGCCUUCGGCGGGCCCCUUAACUUCCGUGGCUACUAUCCUGGAUACGCGGUCGAUGCUACGGCCGCAAAAAACGUCUGGACAUGGGCUCUCCUGAAGGCGCAUCCACGUAACACAGCUGGGACUGUGGAACUGGCGUCAGCCGACCCCCGAGACCCCCCCAAGAUCUCUUUCAACUAUUUCGACGCAGGUUCUGGUGACUAUGCAGCCGAUCUUGAGACAAUUACUGAGUCUAUCCGGAUCGCGCGCUGGGCAAUCGGAAACCAGACUGUCCCAUUGACUGAGGUCCUACCAGGACCUUCAGUGAAGUCCACCGAAGAAAUCCAAGAGUACAUCAAGAACACCGCGUGGGGACAUCACGCCUCGUGUACGUGUGCGAUCGGUGCAGACGGCGACCCCAUGGCUGUGUUGGAUUCGAAAUUCCGCGUCCGGGGCGUGUCAGGUCUCCGCGUCGUCGACGCCUCGGUCUACCCGAGGAUUCCAGGCACAUUCACUUUGUUGUCUACGUAUAUUGUUGGUGAGAAGGCGGCCGAUGUAAUCUUGAGCGGGUUGUAGUAAACCAAAGGUGAUUUUUAGGGUAGUGGUAGGCGCAGAGAGCGCCUCGGAGAUAGACAUAUAGGGCUUCGGAGAUGUGAAUAUCUCAGCUAUUUCUAAUAUUAGCGAACAACGAAGUAGUCGACGUACUCGCAACUAAUGGAAUAUGAUUGAAGGGA